CUGGUUUAUUCAGUCUGCUCGAGACAGAGUCUAGAAGAACUACGACCGAUUUGGACAGUCAUACGUGAACUCAAAGGCCAAGAUGUAUCACAAAUACCAAUCAUGCUGAUUCCAGGAGGAGUGGCAUCAAGAGUAAACAAUGAUAGAGCCAAUCGAGCUGAAAGGGUGGUCCAGCUGAUGUUUGUCUUCUUACCCUCUCUGAAAAGAUGCUGGUGAACAUCAUGCGCCAUCCGAUGUUCAACAAGCCAAUGAUAGUCUUUUUACAAUAUCAAAAACAUAGAUCACAACAUUAAGCUUUAAUAUUACGCUCAUUCUCAGUCAGUCAGUAGGUGGGAUUACAUGACUUUGACUUACUUUACGAUUGAAAAUUCAUUACAAAUAAUACAGUUAAAAUGUUGAGAGGAAAAUCAAAAAAAUUCGAUACAUCAGAUGAGGAUCCAGAAAACCGACAAAGACGGCCAAAAUGUGCGAGAUGUAGGAAUCAUGGUUUAAUAUCUUGGCUACGAGGACACAAGCGUGAAUGCAGAUAUCGAGAUUGUCUAUGUAAAAAGUGUUCGUUAAUUGCCGAGAGACAAAGAGUUAUGGCUGCACAGGUUGCUCUCAAGAGACAGCAGGCUGCUGAAGAUGCGAUUGCUUUAAGUAUGGCCAAAGUUGCCACCGGAAAAAAGCUUGAUCGUUUGCCACCAGGUAAAAUUUUUGGCAUGUCCGUAACAGAACCAGAUUCCAAUGAAGUAUCAAAAAAAAAUAAAAUCGCAAAUCAUUCAUCAAAAAAUCAGAUAAAUUUGGAAAAUAAAAAUGAUGAAAAAGAAAAGAAACUAACUGAUAUCAAGGAAAGUCAAAUUACUGUUCAUGAAGAAAUUGAAAAAAUGAAAGAUGAUAAAAACGAGACUACAAUAUCUCAGACUUCAGUGGAAACUCUGGCUCGACUUUUUCCCAGUACUAAGUUAUCUGUUUUACAGUUGAUACUUCAGAGAUGUGGACAUGAUCUUCUCAAGGCCAUUGAGUACUUUUCAAAUGACAACACCAAUCUCAAUGUAAAUAGCAGCUCUGUAUUUCAACCGCUACCAGGAUCAUCAAGUUCCGACUACACGAAUAUCUUUUCUUUAGCACCAAUUUAUUCGAAUUUAUCACAAAAUUUAUACAGUGAUAGUUGUUAUCUUUUAAACAUCAUUCCUGAUCAAUUGUCACGGACCAUCGAGUCAAGUGAACUACCUAGAUACAAUAAUCUUGCAUUAAAUGUACAGUACAAUACUCAUUUUAAUUCAAGAGUACAACAAUUACGUGAGACAAACAAAAGUAGUUUUCUUCAUUUGCCACCAAUGAUACCAGGACUUCCUUGUGCACUACCAAAUUGUACACAAUGCUAUAAAUUUCUAUAACUUCGUUAGCAAGUAAUAUUUAAAAAAAAAAAAAGAAAAUUUGUAGUAACAAAAAAGUAUAA